AUGUAAAUUAGAGUAAUUUGCUAUAAUACAAAUUCAUAUAAAUGUCUUAUAUUUAAUUUGAUUUUAUGCAAGCUUAUUAGAAAAAUUGAAUUGAAGAAAUUACCAUGCUUAAUAUAAAUUAUAGAUAAAAACAAGUAUUAUUUAGUUAAAUUCAAUAGAUUAUUGGUCGGAAUAUCAAAUGGCGAUAUACAAAUAUUUGAUAUAUCUACUGUAAAGUUAAUUAAUAAUCUUGUUGGUCAUGCUUAUUAAGUUAUACAAAUAUAAUCAUUUGCUGAUUAAUACCUGAUUACUCUAUGCUAGAAUAAAGAAGCAAGAAUUUGGAAUACUAGGAAUUUACAAUUUAUAUUCAAAAUCAAUUAGAAUAUUGCUGUAAAGCAAAUUUACUUUUCAUAAGAUGGAUAAAAGGUGAUUUUAGUAGCCUAUGAUGGAUCAGUCAAAGUAUAUAUUAUCAUAUCUUAGAUAUAUUAAACUUAAACAGGAGAAAUUAUAAAUUAAAUAAAUUACAACUUAUAACAAGUUUAAUUUAUUAAAUUUUUUUAACAAAUUGAUAAAUGUUUAAUAGCAUAUUAAAAUAAAUAAGAGAGGUAAUAUAUACAAUUAUCUAUUACUAGAUAUGUUCUUCUAUGGGAUUUAAAAGAUUAUACAUAUAAAUAAAUUCUUCAAGGAUUUAAGAAGAGGAUUAAAGAUGCAUAUUGCAAUUCAAAUAGUAAAAAUAAUAAUAAUUUUUAAAAGAUUUCGAUUUAGCAGUGGCUAUUUUAAAUUCAUCUAAAAUGAUUAUAUAUAAUAUAUUGACUGAAGAAAUUAAAGCUGAAAUAGAAGGACUGAAUGAUUCAAAGAUUAAUGUGUAAUUUACUAAAAAUAAUCAUCUUAUUAUUAAUGAUCAAUAGAAUAUAUUAGUUUAGUAUUUAUUUAUUUUAUAUAUAAAGUACUGAUAAAGGAAAAUUUAAAUAAUAAUUAAAUACAUUUAUUGAGAAGAAGGCUUAUUAUAUAAAAGUUUUAGCAAAUUAAAAUCAUAUUAAUAAUAGAAAGAAAUUGUUAAACAAUGAUUAAAUAAUAACUGAGGAUGAAUAAAAAAAUUAUAGUUAGAUUUGGCUUGAAACACCUUCCUAUUUUGCAGCUUUAAUAUGA